AUGCUGAUUAAUACGCACCGCGUCGAUGGAGGCUACGAAGUGAAUGAGGCGCUUACUGAUCGAUGCGACUACGAAUAUCUGUACACGCGAUCAACUUUCUUUCGACGCGACGUUUCGCGAUUUCUCUCCUUCAUCCUGGGCCAAAUCGGCCCGCACCGAGACCUUACGAAAAAGGCCCGCACGACGUUGAUCUCUACGACUUUCCCCGACGUGCACGCGGCACUGCCGAAUCUCGACAUCCUGUCCGUAGGCGCAGACGCGAUCGAAAUACGGGUGGACUUGCUGGAGGAGCCGCGGCCGGACGGGACGGUCAGCAAGAUCCCGAGCUUGAAGUAUGUCGGAGAGCAGCUGAUGGUGUUGCGCCAGCGCACCGAGCUGCCAAUAAUAUACACGACCAGAUGCACCAAGGAAAACGGUCGCUUCCCAAUGGACGACCCUAGCCUGUUUUACAGAUAUUUGGCGCGUGCAAUUCAAUGGGGGUGUGAAUAUAUUGAUGUGGAACUGUGGCUGCCGGAGGAGAUUAGGAGGAAGUUGGCCGAAAAUAAAGGCUGCAGCAAAAUUAUCUCUGCGUUCCACGACUUCUCGGGUACCUUCAAGUGGACAGCGCCUGAAACGCAGACUCUCUUCGAGAGGGGCGCCAUGUACGGUGACAUCGUCAAGAUGUACGCGCUAGUAAAUUCGAUGCAGGAAAACUACGAACUUGAAUAUUUCCGAUCAACCAUACAAGCGAAGUACCCACAUCCUCCGUUCUCGGGUCUCAACAUGGGACCUAUGGGCCAGCUCUCGAGGACGAUGAACAAGAUAUUCACACCAAUCACCCAUCCUCUGCUCCCCCUGAUAGCAGCGCCGGGUCAGUUGAGUGCCGCGGAAAUCAACGCAGCCUUGCACACCAUGGGCCAAGUGCCGAAACAGGACAUUUACGGAAUUGGCAGUUUCCGGUCUACGUCGCAGGCACUCUUCUUUGAGAAGUGCUUCAACGAGCUAAGCCUUCCGCACUCUUUCAAAUUUGCGGAGAGGGCUCCCAAGGCUUCGAUUGAGCACAUCUUCCGACGCCCGAACUUUGGUGGAGCUUACAUUAACCCACCGUUAGCGGCUGCUACAGCCCCCUUGCCCUCGCUUUCCAAUGCGGCGCGCGCCAUCGGACAGGUUGAUACAGUGCUGGUGCGCUCGGAAGCGAACAGUGCCUCGUUCAUCGGGGACAACACCAGAUGGAAGGGGAUCCGCGCAACUCUGACCCGUGACUUUGUGCCCUCUGCGUACAGCGGUCGGGCGGCGCUGCUGCUGGCAAGCAGCGAAGCAGAUGCAUCAGCGUCGAUAUUCGCGCUGAAGAACUUGGGCAUAGGGCCCAUUUACACGAUUGGGUUCAAGGCCACAGGGCCGCUAUCGACUGACGUGCAGCCGGUACGGUCCGUAGACGACGUCAAGCGGCUAGAGGAGCCAUUCGUUAUCAUCUCGGCUCUUCCUGCAGAAAAGUCGCUGCUGGUGGUGCCCCUGCUGAAGCACUACAGGGUUGACGGGAGAAACGGCAGUACGAAUGGACAUGGGCUCACGGCAGCGAAGCCUGCAGGCAAGGUGUUUGUUGACUUGGCCAGUGGGCCCCGACGAGCUGACCCACUGGCGAUUGCUACGACGGCGGGGUGGACCGCUUAUGGUAUCGCUGACGUCUCGGCGUGGACGACGGUGGAAACCAUCAGACGGCUUGUUGGCCAGAACGUGUGCUAUGACUUUGUGCGCCUGGCGUCUGGGAGGGGAGUUUUCUAG